AUUGCUGUGGUGCCUCUUGCAUAGGUGAGACCUUUCGUUUUUCGCCGGGAAGGACGAGGAUUUUGGCGGCUGCCAACCCUAGGCGCUACAGUGUCGUGUGGAUCUCCCCGAGAAGCGAUGCCUUCUUUUACCCUAGGUUCUGCAUUGAUGGCGCCAGGAUCGUAAAUCUCGGCGCAUGGAUUCCAGGGAGCUGGAUCUGCCUCGGUGAAGCUGGGAAAUCGAUCAGAGAUGAGUUUUAGCAGCAAAUUUUGGGAUAUUUUGAGGGGCAGGGAUGCAUGGAGCUGGAUCUAGGCUGAAAAUCCAGCUGAGGCGCUGGCAUUACAAUUGGGGAGCACAAUGUGAUCGUCUUCGCACAGGGAAGCAUGGAUUUCAAGAAUAUCGGGGAGAAGUUCCUCCAGUCUGUGAAAGCUGGACGAGCUCGGAGUUUUAUACUGUCUUCCUCUUCGGACAGGCCCGAGAUCCCCGCCAGGGCUGCGGCUGCUGCGGCUAUUGCCAAGAGCAUCGCUGCUACCCCUCCUCAUGAUCGUCUUUCGAUCGCAUCAACCUCUGGAGAGACGCCCUCGGUGUACAGUGCGAAGAAGAGAGGUGAAAUUGCGGAACCUCUCGAAGAAGAGUAUUUCGAAAAGGACUUCGAUCCGGUGAGAUAUCUUCUGGAGCACUUACCCGAGCAACCAACUCAAGAGUUUUUCGAAAACAAGGUAUCUCAAAGGAUGUUGCAGCUUGAUGAUAUAACGGAGAAACUUUCAAUUCAGGUUAUGGAACAUCACGAAGAAAUGGUGAAAGGAAUGCAAAUGGUCACUGAAGUGGAGAAAGAUCUACAAGUCUCAAAAAUCAUAUGUAAGAAUGGUCGCAGGCGUUUGUCUCUUGCAAUACAUGAAGUCUCUCAAGACCUUGUAGUCGCUGGAAACGUUCGGAAGAAACAGGUUCUAAUGGAUAUGCUUCCUAUUCUAGAAAGAAUACAACAUGCAAUAGACAUCAAGUCCCGGCUAGACAGCACCAUUGAGGAAGGCAAUUACGGCAAAGCGCUACAAAUGUGCUCAGAGUGUUUACAACUUCUUGAAGAAAUGUCGGGGCUUGCAGCUGUGCAGGACAUGAAUCAUAGUAUCGAGGAAUGGUUGCAAAAAACUAUUGUAAAGGUCGAUGAAGUUCUACUUGAUGUUUGUAGACAGUUCAACGUUGAAAAAUAUAUGACGGUUAUUGACGCGUAUGCCAUGAUAGACGAUAUUCCAGGACUCUCUGAUAAGACACAAACUUUUUAUGCUCAGAUCAUUGUAGCAAGGACACAUUCGGUCCUGAAGGAGUAUCUACCUCAGACAGACGAAUUACAAGCAGCUCAGAGAAGGGGAAGAUUACCAUACAAUGAUCUAUGCUUGAGAUUGCCAGACACUAGUUACCGUCCCUGCCUUCAAACUCUGGAACUACUCUAUGAUAUACUAUGCUCUUAUUUCCGAAUGAUGGCGUGCGAUUGGAAACUUCAGACAUCAGCUGUAUCCAACGGUGUGCUUCACCGGAGCCGUAGCCAAGGAAGCUUGAGUCAGCCUGUUCAAGCAGCGCACCGUCAUAGCUCGUCCCUGGAGUCAGGAACAAAAGACGAUUCUGUCAGUGGAAGGAUGCAAAAUGGACCAGCAUUAACUGAAGAUAUGCUGGAUUCUAGAAACAGGCUGCGGAUGGAGGUGGCACGAGCGGUUGGGAAAGGGCUAGAAAAGGGGAGGAAGACUGUCUGGGAGCUUGCUGCGCGAAGAGUAUCUGCACUUCUAUCUUCUGAUGCGUUCUGUGCAGCUAGUGCUCAUCAUUUCUUACUGAACCUUGAUCUGCUCAACAAGUUUAUUCUUGCUGGCGAAGCCUUCAGUGGUGCCGAAGCCAUACCUUUGCGAGCUAAACUGGUGAAGCAGAGCGAAAAAUAUUUUGGAGCUUUUCAUCGGCAAAACCUCGAGGUCUUACGUAUGAUGCUAGAAAAGGAACCAUGGCAAAGAGUUCCCUCCGGUUUUCUCAAGUCACUGAAUCUAGCCGGACUUACAGGAAAUGGUGCACCGAUAGUUGCGUCAACCACGUCUGAGUCCAUGAUGCUAAAGCCUGGUGAAAAGUUGGAGGUGCAGCAGGGAUUCACCGAGUGGUUAAGGAAAGGGAAUCCAUUUACUGAGUCGAGAAUUGCAGACGUGAGCUCGGGAAAACUAGACGGUUCUCCCCACGGAAAAAUGCCGAGCAAUGUGACCCCUAAAGAAGAAGAAGAAGAAAACGAAGAUCUUCUGGCGGAUUUUAUUGACGAGGACAGUCAACGUCCCGGUCGGCUGGAAACCAAAUCCAAUGCUGGUGAUGAUGAGCGAAUAACAUUAACCAGCUCGUCCAUAAACAUGCUCAGGUCCAUUGAUAGAUAUGCAAGGCUCAUGCAAAUAUUGGAGCCUAUCAGUCUGGAAGUUUUCAAGGGCCUUAGCCAAGUGUUUGAGCUCUACUUUUUUAUUGUUUUCAAAACAUUCGGACAACGUGAUUUGUUCAGUGGGAGAGCGCCUUCUGACUCUCCUUCUGGUAAGAACACUUCUUUCAAUCUGUUUCUGAAAGUACUUUUGUUUCUAGUAAUUUCCGGUCGUCUCAGAGGAGCGUUGGUUAGAAUCUCUCAGCAGCUGGAAGAGCAAAGGUUGAAAUAUGCUGCUGGGCAUCCUCAACCCAUGAAUGCUGGAGUUUUUGAGAUGUCGUCACAAGGAUUGGGAGGCAUGGUUUCUCCCAGCAAUUUUUUCGCCAUUAAGGAGCGUACGGUUGCGGCGGAAUCGCUCAUUUUUCUUGCCACGCUUAUAAGAAAUUCUCGUCAGCAUCUUCAAUCGCUACUGCAUCAAAAUGCUCUACCAUUUGUAGACCAGUUUUUUGCCAGAACGGUCGAUGCAUCCAUAGACUUGAGAGAGCACGUAUACAAGACAGGUGCUCGUCUUUUGCUGAAUAUAGGAUCAUAUGUCGAUCGUAUAUCCAAUACAAGAUGGGAGCUCAAAGAGCUUGGCAUGGAGCACAACGGAUAUGUAGAUUCACUUCUCGGCGAAUUCAAGCAGUAUACUGUGCGCUUGUCAAACGCCGGCGUCUCCAGACAGGUCCAUGAACUCCUCCUGCAAUACGGAGUGGAUAUAUUGGCGGAGACACUCGUGGAAGGCCUUUCGAGAGUAAGGAGGUGUAAUAACGAGGGACGUGCGGUCAUGUCUCUGGACCUUCAGGUUCUAAUAAACGGCUUGCAACAUCUUGCUCCCGCGAAACUGAAAGCAAACCUCCAGAUCGUGGACGCUUACAUAAAGGCAUUCUAUCUUCCCGAAACAGAAUACUUGUACUGGGCUAAAUCUCAUCCGGAGUACUCCAAGCAACAAAUCAUCAACCUCAUCAACCUGGUAGCGUCCAUGAACAACUGGAAGCGUAAAACAAGGACGGACUUGCUGGAAAGGAUCGAAAGCGGCGAUUUGUAAGCGGGAAGUUACCACCAGGGGUAACUGCAAUUUUGGUGGUUUUGUAUCAUAGCAGGUGUGCAAUUAAUCAAUCGGGGAUCUGCAUUUGCAGAGAUCAACAAAAA